GACGGCUUGAAUCAAUAAGCAAUUAUGGACAGUUUAUACGGAGCGGUAGGAUCCCUUUCGACCACGCAUAGCUAGCGAUGCGCAGGCAUCCAGGUCCCCCGCCUUAUGGUCCCCGUCGCGCGGGAUCCGGCGCGCCCGCUGGCGCGCACGGCUAUAGUGGCGGACAGGGUUACACUGGCAGAGGCGAAAGUAGCGGUUAUGGCGGACACGGUUACACCGGCGGAGGCUUUAGCGGCGCCAACAGCAGCGGCGGUGGCGCAGCUAGGGGUCCGCGCGGAGGCAAGCCGACGUACGCGCAGCAUCCCUCCGCGCAAGCCCCCGCCGCGCAAGCUCCGCCAGCGGCGCAAGCAGCCCCGCCUCCCCCUCCGCCAACCCCCGUGAACCCCGCCAUUGCGGAGGCUGGCGCGCGAGCUGUGAGGUGGCUAGAGGAGGCAGCUGACGUUGCGUCGCGUGGAACGGCCAGCGCCGAUUCUGGGGCCAGUCAUGUCUCGACAGCUGGCAGCGAUGGUUUUCCCCAGGAGGUGCAACUCAUAAGGCGAGUGGCGUCGCUUCUGCAGCAGUCCCCCAUGGCCCCUCAGCUGCUGGCCGUGGAGCCCACAGCCAGCCGCAUCUGGUCGCUGCUCGAACGACUGCUCGCACACAG